AUGAAAGUGUUCAGUUCCGCCCCCUUCUCCCAUGCUGAGUCACAUGCAGCGCCUCAGAAAGCGAAAGCAAGAACGAGCCACAUGCAGGGAAACUUGCACAUGUGGUUAUGGCCGGGGACCCCGGCAGAGUUAGAAGAGGCCCAGAAAGAACUUAGCUUAUGGGAAGAGAAGGGAACGCACUAUUUUAAGGAGGAGGCCUGCCUCUAUUGUGCCCGGCUGGAGGGAGAGAAGAUGGAAAAAGACUUCUAUUCUCUCGAAAAAAGGGUCAAGAAUCUCCGCCUAGAGCAUAGGCGGUUGCUUUCACUAAUCGUAUCACGUCGGGGCUAG